AUGACCUCACCGCAAGCCAAUUCCCUCGACGACAUCUUCGGCUCCUCCCCACCUCACGAGAACGACACAAUCCCCCAAAGACCAUCCCGCCAGGCUCCCGAGCCUUCGGAUCUCCCCUCUCUCCGCCGUCAGCACGUCACAGCCGGCUACCGCGAUGGAGUCUCCGCCGCGAAAGGCGAGCACGUCCAGCACGGCUUCGAUGCCGGUUUCCCAAUCGGCGCACAGCUAGGUAUGAGAGCAGGAACGGUGAUCGGUAUCAUCGAGGGCUUACUGCGCGGAUUUGAGAGUCGCGCGGCCUCUAGAGCAGUAAAGAAACCGCUUCAGCGGAGGGACGGCCCUUCCACCGAGCAGGGGACAGAGGCAGAUGAAGCAGCGCGGCAGGCGAAGAGGGAGCAGCUGCUCAGGUUGUACCAGAAAGCUGUGAAGGAGCUGGAUGUCCGGUCCGUAUUUGCCGGUCUUGAUGGUACGUUCGUGAGUGAGGAGGGGAGCACCAGAAAGAACGAGGGGCAGGAAAAACCGGAGGUUGUCCUCCGCCGGAAAGGGGACGCAGUCAUUUCACAGUGGGAGGACCAGGCCCGGGUGGCGCAUUGGGAAGAGAACAUGGCCGCCUUGGAGCCAAAGGAGGACGAGCAGCCCGCGUCAACAUCGACCGAACAGAUCUAA